ACACCAUCACUGUCAGCUGUCCCGGUUAUUGAGCAGGCCGUCUCGGUUAUUGAGCAGGGCCUUCCGGGUUUCCAUACACAACCCACUUCUCUCUCUACAAACCCAAACCCAUUCGUUCGCUUUCGCUCGACCUCGACUCUUGUCGGUCCUUCGUUCAUUCUGGCCCCGUCGCUGGUCGACACUGCCAACAUUCCCGUGACUUGACUCUGCAAGAUUCCAGACGUCGAAUUGGCUGCUUCUGGCACUGUCCGAGCCUUGUUCGGCCUCCCUCCGAGGACCCAUCCUCCCCCCUCACUAGUACUCAACCACCCAAAUCCAAUAUGUCCCCAAUCCCUUCCCCCGCCACGACCCCGCUCGCGAUCCAGCCAGUUGGCGACUCGGACAUGGACAGCUUCUCCGUCUUCCUGACCGCAUGCACGCUGAUGACAGCGUGCAUCCUGGUUGUCAUGUGGGAGGGCGUCUCGUGGAUACGGCGGAGCUACGAGGAAGAUCGUCGGCUACUGGACGCCGAGCCGGGCGAGGCGAUCUCUGUGUAGGUGUAGGCUUGGUGGGUUACUGUAACGGAACGAGUGUCGCGAGGUUGUCUUUGUUCGGCACGGACGGGCGGAAGUUAGCCUCAAUAGUGUAAUGCUGAUAAUCGGGACCUCUACUGCGUCGUCGAGACGAAUCGAGUCUAGGGCAUGGU